AUUUCCAUAUGAGUAAUUUUGGGACUACGAAGUUUUUGUUUUUUAAUUUUUGAUACAGGACAUACGCAGUUAGCACAAUUCCAAAAGAUAGAGAGAGAGAGAGAGAAAUACCAAUAGAGAAUUUUAGCAUCAGAUGUUUCUGGUUUCCCUAGGGUUAGUAUCCUUUAAUUUAUCUUAUAAUUCACAGAAAAAGGAAAGCUUUAAAAAUUGUUAGAUUCUUUGGCCCUGUAUGCGUAAAGCCUUUCCCUUGUCAUAUUGUUUUGGUAUUCCAGUUUGUGAUUUUUGGUCUUUCCUGGCUUUGGUGUCCUGUGGUCAUUGAAAUCCAUGAUCAUCAGUGUCUCAUGGACCCUUCUCCAGUGCACACCACUCCUUCACUCCAUGAAGAAGAAGAUGAGUGGGACACUGAUGGCUUUGUGAUUCCAAGCUUGGAAAUAGAGGAUUCAAAUACAAAUAAAGUUGAUGCUUUAGAAGUAGAAGCCUCAAAACCUCCUUCUCCAAAGACUAAGGAAGAGAACAUCUAUCUGGGACCACACGGGGCUCCUCCCUCACAAUCGAGGCAGCAAGAGCUCAACUUGUCCAGUCGGAAGCAACGCUUCAAGCAGAAACUCAAGGAAGCAGAUAGGAGGAUCAGUAGAAGAGGACCAGAGAAUAAGGUGGAAAUUUUGCAGGAACUUGUGGGUGCUGGACGACUAAGCACCAACAUGCAAAAGGGUUCUCCUAGAGACUGGUUAGAUCCACAUUGUGAAGAGUCACAAUUUGAGAAGGUGUCUAACGCCGAAUGAGUGGAGCAUUUUUACAGCUUAAGAUAUUUUAUCUGUGCAAAAUUGGACUGACUCUAUUGCCAUUACCGACCCAUCAUCAGAACAAGUUUCGAUCUCAUUGGAGACAACAUAUCAUUGAGGUUAUGUAUCAUGACAGAUGACAAUAAUUCUACGGUUAUACCAUUUCAGUUAGCUAUAAAAAGAUAUUAUUAUG